GCGUCGGCCAUUUGCCAUUGGCUCUCGUGCACGAAAAUAGCAACUGCAGGAGGCGUUAGUGGCACGGAUUUAAGUUAAUCAUCCAAUAUUUCUCAUUGUGACAGAGGUUUGGAGGUGCCUUUAUAUUUAAGCUCAAAACACAUUUUUUAGUCAUGGAGCCUGGAAGAGUGGGAAGAAAGAACCAAAAUCUUGAAGAUCUAUCAAAUGUUGAAUUUGAAACAAGUGAAGAUGUUGAGGUUGUGCCAACUUUUGAUAAUAUGAACCUUCGUGAAGAUCUUCUCAGAGGAAUAUAUGCAUAUGGUUUCGAGCGUCCAUCAGCCAUUCAGCAGCGUGCCAUCCGUCCGAUCCAGAAAGGUCGCGAUGUGAUUGCUCAGGCUCAGUCGGGUACCGGUAAGACGGCCACCUUCUCCAUCGCGGUACUGCAGAGCCUGGACACGACGCUGCGCGAGACCCAGGUGCUGAUCCUGUCGCCCACGCGCGAGCUGGCCGUGCAGAUUCAGAAGGUGAUCCUGGCUCUGGGAGACUACAUGAACGUGCAGUGCCACUCGUGUAUCGGAGGCACCAGUCUCGGAGAGGACAUCCGCAAACUCGACUACGGACAGCACGUGGUCUCCGGCACACCGGGACGUGUCUUCGACAUGAUUCGUCGCCGGACACUGCGCACCCGCUCCAUCAAGAUGCUGGUACUGGACGAGUCAGACGAGAUGCUCAACAAGGGCUUCAAGGAGCAGAUCUACGACGUGUACCGCUACCUGCCGCCGGCCACCCAGGUGGUGCUGCUGUCAGCCACACUGCCGCACGAGAUCCUCGAGAUGACCAGCAAGUUCAUGACGGACCCAAUUCGCAUCCUGGUCAAACGUGACGAGUUGACGCUGGAGGGCAUCAAGCAGUUCUUCGUGGCCGUGGAGCGCGAAGAGUGGAAGUUUGACACGCUUUGCGACCUAUACGACACGCUCACCAUCACACAGGCCGUCAUCUUCUGCAACACGAAGAGGAAGGUGGACUGGCUGACGGAGAAGAUGCGCGAGGCCAACUUCACCGUCACCUCCAUGCACGGAGACAUGCCGCAGAAGGAGCGAGAGGCCAUCAUGAAGGAGUUCAGGGCAGGUCACAGCCGGGUGCUCAUCACCACGGACGUCUGGGCUCGCGGUAUCGACGUGCAGCAGGUCUCCCUGGUCAUCAACUACGACCUGCCCAACAACCGUGAGCUCUACAUCCACCGGAUCGGUCGCUCGGGACGAUUCGGACGCAAGGGUGUCGCCAUCAACUUCGUCAAGGCGGACGACAUCCGCAUCCUGCGCGACAUCGAGCAGUACUACUCGACACAGAUCGACGAGAUGCCCAUGAACGUGGCCGAUCUGAUAUGAAGCGGAAAGGUCGAGCGGCAUCGCCGUGCCGAGAGCGUCAUCCCCUCUUCACUUCACCGUCAGCGCCCUGUCGCCCUUUGAGUCGACUGACAUUCACAUUGUGUGUUAUACCCGGUACGCUAUGUGUGCUGCCGCUUUAAUAGACGCGUGGCCCGUGUGUCGAAGCAGACGCCGGCAGGGUUCAGAGGACCGGUGUUACGUCGGGUCGUAGCAGCAUCCGCGCAGCGCUGCAGAAUGGUGUAUAACGCUGGUCAUUUCACAUACUGGAUGCUAAUACACGUUGAUUUGGA